AUGGGCUCACCCCUUGGACCUCUCCUAGCCGAUGUCUUCAUGGGAAAAUUGGAGAGAUUCCAUCUAAGCGAACAGAUCGAUAAGCUUAAACAUUGCGGUCGCUAUGUUGACGAUAUCUUUGCCAUUGCCACUGCAGAAACCGAUGUGGCAACCCUCUUAGAUGCGGCAAAUCAGGUACAUCCGUCGAUCAAAUUCACGCUGGAGAUGGAAACGGCCGGUUCGCGCCCUUUCUUAGAUGUUCUUCUCAGCAGGAGACCUGACGGGAGUGUCCGAAGAAGCGUCUAUCGGAAGAAAACCUGGUCUGAACAAUACACGAACUUCGCCAGUUUCGUAUCCCUCCAACAAAAACGAAAUCUAGUCCGAUGUUUGGCACAAAGGGCUAGAAAAAUUUGCUCAACAGAUAGCAUCGAGGAGGAGCUCAGAAAAAUCCAGGACUUCCUUCGCGAAAACGGAUAUCCUGAAAGGUUUAUUGAAAAGAAUAUUGCUGAACGACCGAUCAAACCCGCCACACCGACCGCCGAAAAGAAGACUUUAUUCCUCAAGGUCCCUUUCCAAGGGGACGCUGAGAGUGAACUCCUAAGGAGACGCCUUGAUCAAGCUGUCUCGCGAACCUUCCCAGCAGCAAGGGUUCAAAUAGCAUUCUCCACUAACCCGAUUUUACGUGGAGAAGGGAAGGAUAAGUUGCCACCGCAGACCACCUCAAUGUGCAUAUAUUCCUUCACUUGCUCCUGUGGAGCAGGUUAUAUUGGUCGCACGAGUAGGCGCUUAUCCAAGAGAAUACGCGAACACCUUCCCGCAUGGCUGGCAAAAAGGUGA